UCCGAUGUCGAAGCAUAGCAAAGUCCAAGUCCAAGUAUACGCGUUAUCCGUACAAGCCCUUAUCCAUGAGUGACAAAAGUCGACCUUAGAGAAUUUGCCACGUUCGAAAUUGGAGAUCUAUAUGCGCGUCUCGUGAUAGACGCAGUGGCUGUGUUAUUCCACCCCCAUAAUCGGGCAUCCCCGGAAGGCGUAUGCAGGGACAGUUUUCGUAUGUAGCCGGUGCGCGCCUUUGAAACACGUACCCGUGGGCCAGUGGCACUGGCCCGUGGCGCCGCUAAACAUCCCCCAUACUUUUCGCGUAAUCGUUGCCCAUCGAGCCUGCGCCCUUGUUUCUUUACGGGGCGGCUCCUGCCGCUGCCUCCUGCUUUUGGCGUUCCCGGUGCCGCGUGUAUGGUGACUCGACGUGAAACUCUUUACUGGAUAACGGCAAGUGGUGAAUUAAAAUUAUAGGGGCUCGUUGUGGUGCGCUCCGUGGAUACGGGGCUGUAGGCGAUCAGGAUGGUCACUGAUAAUACUAAUCAGGCUGACGACACGACAGCAUUUCUUCGAGCUGCUCGGUCUGGAAAUCUCGAAAAAGUCAUCGAAUAUCUCGAUACGAAUUUAGACAUUAACACAUCCAAUUCGAAUGGAUUAAAUGCAUUGCAUUUAGCAUCGAAGGAUGGUCACGUGGAGAUAGUGACAGAAUUAUUAAAAAGGGGUGCCAAAGUCGACGCUGCGACCAAGAAGGGAAAUACUGCAUUGCAUAUAGCUUCCCUAGCCGGCCAAGCCGAGAUAGUCAAUAUCCUUCUUCAGUAUGGUGCUGCGGUUAAUAUCCAAUCACAAAAUGGGUUCACGCCGUUAUAUAUGGCUGCCCAAGAGAAUCACGACCAAGUAGUAAAGAUUUUACUGUGUAACGAGGCUAAUCAAAGUUUAGCUACCGAGGAUGGCUUUACACCUCUGGCAGUGGCCAUGCAACAAGGCCAUGACAAAGUGGUCAGCGUCUUACUCGAAAACGACUCCAAAGGGAAAGUACGAUUACCGGCAUUGCAUAUUGCAGCUAAAAAAGAUGACUGCAAAGCUGCUGAUUUGUUGCUGCAGAACGACCAUAAGCCCGACGUCACGUCGAAAAGUGGAUUCACUCCACUCCACAUAGCGGCUCAUUAUGGAAACGAAGAGAUAGCAAGAUUACUGAUAAAACGGGGCGCUGACGUAAACUAUUUAGCAAAGCACAACAUAAGCCCGUUACACGUGGCAGCGAAAUGGGGAAAAAACAACAUGGUAAAAAUACUUUUGGAAAAUUCAGCCAUGAUCGAUGCAAAGACACGAGACGGCCUGACACCGCUUCACUGUGCAGCACGAUCGGGUCACGACCAAGUGGUGUCGACGCUUUUGGAAAAUUCAGCACCGAUCAGUGCACGAACGAAAAACGGCUUAGCGCCACUUCAUAUGGCAUCUCAAGGAGACCACGUGGAUGCUGCACGUGUUCUUCUGUAUCAUCGUGCACCAGUCGAUGAGGUUACCAUAGACUAUUUGACAUCGCUUCAUGUGGCUGCACACUGCGGUCACGUUAGAGUCGCAAAAUUACUCUUGGAUCGCAAGGCGGAUCCCAAUGCACGCGCCCUUAACGGUUUCACGCCACUUCACAUCGCUUGCAAAAAAAAUCGAAUCAAGGUAGUGGAGCUUCUUCUGAAGCACGGAGCCUCCAUCGAGUCCACUACGGAGUCCGGGCUGACUCCGUUACACGUGGCCAGUUUUAUGGGAUGUAUGAAUAUAGUGAUAUUCCUACUACAGCACGAAGCCAAUCCCGACGUGCCAACGGUCAGGGGUGAAACACCCCUUCAUCUAGCUGCUAGAGCUAAUCAGACCGACAUUAUUCGAAUUUUACUAAGAAACGGAGCCAAGGUCGAUGCUCGUGCAAGGGAACAACAAACUCCGUUGCACAUUGCAUCGCGACUUGGCAACGUAGAUAUAGUCAUGCUACUGUUGCAACACGGCGCGGCCGUCGACACGACUACGAAGGACAUGUACACGGCGUUGCAUAUAGCAGCGAAAGAGGGCCAGGAGGAGGUUGCGGCGAUACUCGUGGAAAAUAAUGCAUCGCUGAAAGCUUCGACGAAAAAUGGUUUCACCCCGUUGCACAUAGCGGCUAAAUACGGUAAUAUAAAUGUGGCCAAGAUUCUGCUUCAGAAAGACAGCGCCUUGGAUGCCCAUGGGAAGAAUGAAAUUACACCGCUCCAUAUGGCUUGUCACUACGAUCAUCCAAAUGUCGCUACGCUUUUAUUAGACAAAGGUGCAUCACCACACGUUGCUUCGCAAAAUGGACUUACGCCCUUGCACAUUGCUGCUCGCAAAAAUCAGAUGGACAUAGCAUCGACUUUGCUGGAGCACGGUGCGAAUGCGAACGUGGAAUCUAAAGCUGGAUUCACACCGUUACAUCUGAGCGCUCAGAGGGGUCACUACGACAUGACAAAUUUAUUAAUCGAACAUGGCGCAGAUCCAAAUCACAGGGCGAAGAAUGGAUUAACCGCGCUGCAUCUGUGCGCUCAAGAAGAUUUCAUUCGAGUAGCCUCGAUCCUCGUGAAAAAUGGGGCGAAUGUCGAGAGUCAAACAGAAACUGGUUACAGGCCGAUUCACGUUGCCGCACACUUUGGAAAUUUAUCUAUGAUACGUUUCCUGCUUAAGCACAAUGCUGAGAUCGAUGUGAGAACCGAUCAAAAUUAUACGCCGUUGCACCAGGCGGCGCAGCAGGGACACGCGCAUAUUGCAUCUGCAUUGCUGGAGGGAAAUGCAUCUCAGAAAGCACGUACGAAGGACGGCUUGACAGCAUUGAAUAUUGCUCAAAAACUAGGAUAUAUAUCUGUGAUGGAGGUACUCAAGGGAUUGUCUUAUGACAAUUUAGCACCCAACAAUAAAAACUGGGAGGAAAAGUACAAAGUCAUCGCGCCGGAAAGUUUACAAGAAACGAACUUUAUGUCCGAUUCGGAUGACGAAGGAGGUUCUGACACAUUGAUAAGCGAACAACCUUAUCGAUACUUGACUGCUGAUUUAAUGAAAAGCUUGAGGGACGAUUCGUUGCCUAUUGACGUAACGAGGGAUGAUCCCAUUCAUAGACAAGUUUUAAAAGAGGACAAACAAGAGUUCGUUCAAAGCAGCAAUUAUUGCUCGGCAGAAAAUUUCGAUAUGCAAGACAGUAUGAAUUUGGGGAGAUUACACUUCAGAUCAUUCCUAGUAAGUUUCCUAGUCGAUGCACGUGGCGGUGCAAUGAAGGGUUGCAGACACAGUGGAAUUCGCAUAAUCGUUCCACCCCGAAGAGCGACAAUGCCAAUAAGGGUAACAUGCAGAUUGGUAAAACCAAGUAAAAUAUCUAAUCCGCCACCCUUGAUGGAGGGCGAAGCAUUAGCUACCCGCAUAAUAGAAAUGGGACCUGUCAGUGCGACAUUUUUAGGGCCUGUCCUAAUUGACGUGCCUCACUUUGCCUCCGUACAAGGCAAGGAACGCGAGAUCAUUAUUUUACGAAGUGAAAAUGGCGAAACGUGGAAGGAACAUGAUAACUCUGCUGAUAACGAUGAUACUUUGAUGAACACACCAUACGAUCCUCAAAUGAGUACUUCCUACGCGGGGAGAAUAACACGAAUAAUAACGACCGAUUUCCCACAAUACUUUGCUAUUGUAACACGAAUAAAACAAGAAAUUCACGUAAUUGGAGCUGAGGGUGGAAUUUUGAUUUCAAGCGUUGUCGAUCACGUGCAGGCUGUAUUUCCACCUGGGGCAUUAACCAAGAAAAUCAAAGUUGGAUUACAGGCACAUGUAAUACCGGCUGAAUUGACCGCUAAGCUUUUGGGAAAUUGCGUGGCAGUAUCACCGGUAAUUACGAUCGAGCCUCGAAGAAGAAAAUUCCAUAAACCAAUAACACUGACGAUACCAGUGCCACAAGCUGCCAAUAAAGGAAUGAUUAAUCAAUAUGGCGGUGAAACACCGACCUUACGUUUAUUAUGCAGUAUCGCAGGUGGUACUAGUGAAGCUCAGUGGGAAGACGUUACCGGAUCGACGCCUUUGACAUUUAUGAACGACAGAGUCUCAUUCACGACUACGGUAUCGGCAAGAUUUUGGUUAAUGGAUUGUCGAAAUAUUGGCGAAGUACCAAAAAUGGCCACGGAAUUAUACAAGGAAUCCUUAUUCGUACCAUUUAUUACAAAUUUUGUCAUUUACUCAAAGAGAAUGGACCUUCUAGAAGCAACGUUGAGAAUAUUGUGUAUGACGGACGGCAAGGAAGGAAUGCAUACGUUGGAAAAGCAGGAAGAAUUUUUGGAAAUUGUCAAAAGCCGUGACGUGGAGGCAUUGGACGGCAAAGAUCUUUAUAUUGAAUUCAGUGGGAACCUAGUGCCUGUAACCAAGUCUGGAGUACAAUUGAAAUUCACUUUUAAAGCGUUCCGUCAAAAUAGAUUGUCCUUUCAUGUAAAAGUCAAGGAUCCCCUGCUGGAUCCAGUGGCCAGGAUGCUAUUCAUGCGGGAGCCCAAGAUAGCCAAAGGGGAACCCCCUCAGCAGCCAAUUUGCAUACUAAAUAUAGUACUUCCGGAAAUAAUGAGCACUACAAAAAUUCAAGGGAAACUCGACGGAAAAAUGGACUUUGAGGAUUCUAAUAUCAUCAGCCAAAAGAUUGACCGGUUCCAAUCACAAUAUCAGAAGGACAACAAGGAAAAAUCGGACGAACCAAAAUCAACCUCUCCAUGUGAACAGAAAUUCAUAACCGAUACUUUACAGAAAGAGCAAACAGAUGCCGCCACUAUCCACGAAUUCCUUGCACAAAAAGCGGCUUCUUGUCCCCUUGAAUCCGUAGAUGCUAGUUAUCUCAAUAAGAUAGGGAGCGCCGAAGGAUACGACGACAAAUCACCAAUAAACGAGAAGCAGACGUACUCCGAGAAGAGGAAGUUUUGGGAGGAUAUUACCAGGAAACGGGAUAGUUAUCAGCGUUCCGAAUCCGAGGUCUCCAGGACGUCCCAAUUAACAAUCAACGAGAGUGACAGCGAGUGCAUGCAGAACGUCGUAUCGGAAGAAGAUACCGAAGCUAUCUCGGGUAGAUCCGAGACAAUGGAAGAUAUGAACAUCCCGGACAUAUCGGAGUGUUCCGUGGCGGAAAAGGCUCACUACUUUGAAGAACAGAUACAGAGGGAGAUGACCCUUGCGAGGAUGGCACCAAAAUUGCAGAGUCAGGACUCUAUAAGAGAGAAGGAUAAAUCGGUCAAAGAUUCCAAGGCGGAUGAAGCAGCUGAAGAAGCUGCGCAACAGCCUGGAGAGGAAGUGCUUAAUACGGGGGCGACGUACAGUCAAGAAGUGGAGAGAAUUGAAAGAUUGGGGAUAGAGGAGAGAGAAGAAUUUAGGGAAGAGGCUGUGCUCUCUAAGAGGACCCAAGAGAUUAGAAGCGAAGACAUUCGAAAGACGUUGAAAGAAGAAUCCGUGAGGGGGGAAACUGUUAGGUUUGUUGGAGAAGAGAAAUUUAUGGGGCAGACGUUCGAUUCGGCCAUUUUGAAUAAAACAGAUAUUAUUGAGAUUUCCAAAGAUUUUAUCAAACGGGAGAAGACUGUUGAUGAUACGAGUGAAGAUUCUACUGUUGGGCAAUCGGAGGAUCGUAAGACUUCUAGUACUGCUGGACAAAGUCAAAUCGAUAGUAAGGAGGUUCUUGCUGAUACGAGUAAGAAGGUCACGGAACAGAUAUCGAAGGAGGAUCAAAUUAUUGUUCACGGAGAAAAAGAGAUUCCUGUUACCAAAGAGAUUAUUGGCGUUUGCAGGGAUAUGUUAAUGGAGGAACGCAAGCGAGCUGGCCAAGAUAUAGCUGAGAUGGAAACUCUAGAGAAGAUCAAAGAACGUAUUGAGGAAGGAGCUGAACGUCCUGUAGUGUUCGAGAAAAUGCAUAAAAAAGCAACACCGAAGGAAGACAGAGAGGUGGUAUUUGAAAAAAUGAAUAUAAAAUCCAAGAGCCAAGAAGCUGAGGAAAAAGAAAUUGAGAGAAAAGAGGUUGAGAAAAAAGAAAUUGAGGAAAAAGAUUUUGAGGAAAGGAUAAAGGAAACGAAGAAAGCCGAAAGUGGAAAAGAACCAAUCAAAGAGGACGCUUCGACGAAGAAAGCCGAAGAGUGGGUCAGAGAAGAAGAGAUUUUUGAAAGAAUAAAGGACGUUUCAUCCUCCAUUAGCUUUUGCAAAGAGAUGAUUAUGCAUGAGAGGAAAUUUAGCCAAGACGUCGAGAAAGAGAGAUUAAAGGAAAUUAAAGUAAAGGACGUAUCAACGGAUCAGAUGUCAAAGCACGUUGAUGACAUUCAGCAAAAAGUUGAUACAUUCCAAUCUGAGAUCACAGUUGAAUUCAAAAGGGACGUCAAAGAAUCUAUGGCGGAGAGGGCAGACGUUGACUCAAAGCAAAUGGAUGUCUUAUCAGAAAAAUUGUCAGAGAUGAAUAUAAAAAUGGAGGACGACAACAAGUUGCGGAAAGAGCAUGCAAUUGAAGAAACGAAAAAAUCCGAAAUGGACGCUAAGAUAUUCUCGUCCGCAGAAGCGAAGGAAAAACAGAUUCGACGAGAUUUCGAACGUCAACUUAGUUCUGAUACGAACAUGGAGCAGAAUAUAGUAGAAGACAAAGAAUUGAAGGAACCGAAGGACAAGACGUGUAAAGAUGAAAAAACCGUAACAUCCACUGCGUCGAAAUUAAAAUCAGAAAUACUUGAGAAAACGGAAAUGAGGGAAUCAUCAAUAGUCGAGGGAGACGAGAGAAGAUUAUUCAAAGAAUUUGAAGCGCGACAUAACCUCGAAGAGCUCAUACCUAAAGAUGGCAUGACAUUCGAAAGUAAAGAAAUGUCUAGCACGGUAGAAAAAGGAACGAUGGAGAUGCACCUGGACGAAGAGAAACAAGUGAAAAAGGAAUUCGAAUCUCGUAUACCGAUAUCGGCAGCAAAGGCGGAAAAGGAUAGAACUCAAAAAAUAAAGGACGAACCAGCAACAAAAAUUCCAUUACCAUCAGAGGCAAAAAGAUCUGAUCAAAAACUAUCGCCGAAGUCAGAAGAGACGAAGGACGAUUUAAAAACUGAAAAACAGGAAGCGUCCUCCGUUUCUGAAAAACGUAAAGAAUUUGAAUCCCGUAUUCCGAAACGUAUACACGACGUGUCCCCGGCCGCAGCAUCCGAUAAGGACGCAAAGAAAGAUCUUCCGAAGAAAGAAUUCGAAACUCGUAGUGUCACAGAAACCAAAAGAACAGAAGAGGUCACGUCAUCCCAGCAGUACGAACAUACUUCGAAGAGCGAAUCCCAAACAUACUCAAAAACUUUCACUGCCGUAGAUCCCAGAGAGGCGUUCAGAGUCUUCGAAGGGAUGAGUGCAACAAAGAGACCAAGUGAUUUUGAAACGAUGACCUCGAAGGUCGAUCACAAGGCUUCAAGUCGAAUGGAGGCAAAGGAAGUGAUCUCCUCCGAAGUAACGUCAGGCGCUGAUAAGAUAAUCGUCCACGAAGAGAAGGAACACGUGGAGAAGAGAAAAACGUCUGAGAAAACGUUGACAAAGGAAUCGCCAACGGAAACAAUAGAGGAGAAGGAGAAGAGGGUCAAAGAAUCUGACAGUAGAGGAGUGCAGAAGACCUCGGUGCAAUUCAGAGAUGGAAAAGAGAUAAUCGACGCAUCCGCAACCCAGUCCGGUAUGGAAAGUCGCGAGGAGCAACGAUUCAAGUCACUCGAGGACAAAGACGGAAUAGCGAUGGAAGAGUCGGGAAUGAGUAGAGUCAAAGAAAAGGACGUCGGCGUGUCGUUCAAAAUCGAAAAGGAUCUAAAAGAGGCUGAGAAAGGUUUGGGUAAUGUGAAACAAUCCGAUGAAAUUUUGGCACGAAUCGCAGACGUGAGGAAGGCUGUACGCGAGGCCAUAGUGCAGGAGGAAAUGCUCCAAGAAGAUUCCAGAGGCGUCCGGAUUAAGGAGUACCACGUUACCACUGUAAUCCCUAAGGACUCUGCCACAGGUACUGCUGGUACGAGGACUCAGGAAGAUUUAGCUGACUUAUCGACGGAGGUUCCUGAAACUUUGGAAGAGAAGCAUCAGAAGACAGUUAAGGAAUACGAGGCUCGUAAUAUUGCUGAAACUAUAAUACAGUCGAUAGAAACGGAAAUAGAAAACCGUGUCAUAGCGCCGGAAGCUACUGCAAGUGAGAAAGCCGAGGAAGGAUACGAAAGUGAAGUGAAAAAAUCGAUGACUAAAAACUACGAUUUCGAUGACGAAGAGCUGGCCGAUGAUUUGACUAAACAGUUUGAAAGUAUAAUGCAAAGGAGUGGGACUUUUCAAACGAAUGUAACGAGUUACGGAACAGAACAUGGAGUUACGGAACGUCUGAAGUCAGUUUCUGGCAAGUCGGAGGACUUAUUCGAGAAGGAAUCCACACGCGAUAGUAUAAGUAUCAGUGAAGAUUUGACAAAGGACGAGGAGUCAUCGCCACAAGAAAAGGAUGACAGUUUACCGUUCUCGUCAUCUCAAACCAGAUUACAGGACCGUGAUAUCACUAUGAGUCCUAGCAGUAUGUCUGAACACAUUGAAUUAGAAGAAUCACUGGAGGUUGAAUCGAAUGAGUUGGAGGACAUUCCAAAGUUUGUAGGACUGGACUCUGCUGAAAAAAAGGAUGAAGCGCCUCCGACAGAGUCCACGAGGAAAAUGUUACUUCGAAAAGCUUCAUCGUAUGAACAUUCCGGUGCCAGAGUUCUAGAGAUCCUGGAACCAGAGGUCAAGGAGGAGCUUCGUCAAGACUCCAUGGAUGUGCCAUCUUUAGAAAUGGACGAACAAAGAAGUUACGAGCAACCUAAGGAUUCUUCUGGCACUUCUUACGAGCAAUCCUCAAAUGAGAAAGUUUCGUCGCUACAUGAAAGCGCUGCAGUUCACUCCUUAGAGAGGAUCGGUCACGACCGUGACAUAACUGUAAGUCCAAGCACGGUUUCCGAACAGACUGACACUGAUUAUUCUCUGCCCCAUGAAAGGUCGGCAUCGGCAGGAGCUAAAGAAUUUGAAACUGGAAUGCGAAGAAGUGACAGUUUUGAGAUGGAGAGUCCACCAUUAAUUUCUCCAAGGGCGAAGGCCAAGGUUUUGGAAAUAAAACCAGUGAACUGGAUGAUCGGUGAUGAGAAGAUUGAAAUAUCAGAAACCUUGCAACCUUCGCAGGCCUUCGACAAGGAACUGGACGAGUAUCAAUCAAGAAAAAUGCAAAGUUUUGGUUCGCAGAAAGAUGAGUCACUGGAAUUUACAGAACCAGAAGGAUCUAUCACAAAAUCAUCUGGGGAUCUUAGUGCAGUGGAUUCUGUAAAGGAGGCGACGGUAACUGAAAUCUAUAAGACGCACUCGGGACGAGCAACGAAAUUCACUGUUAUACCAGUGAGUGAUCAAGAACUUGAAAAUGAAUUGGUAGAGAAUAAACUUGAUACCAGUUGCCAAGAACUGAUGGACACUUUGCAAAGAGAAUACGACGCCAAGACUCCUACCGAAGGUUACGGAAUGGAUGAGCAUGAAAAACUUGAAGAAGUACAGGAAAAGUUACAAGCUGAAGUUACUACGUCAGAGACAGUAAUGGAGAAAUACGAUGAGGUAGAAGACAAAGAAUCCACUGAAGCCGCAGAGGAAGAAAUGGAAAUGACAACUGACAUUACGGAUGAAUCGGAAAAAUUAAUGAAGGAACACAAAAAAGAAAAGAGGGACGACAACGUUCCAGAAAAAGAUUCAUUGCAUGAGAUUACAACAUCGGAUUCAUCAGUACGUAAUCCCGAGUAUUACAAAGCGGAUAAUUCAGAAAUGGAAUUGCACUCAAGUAAAGAGAAAGAGACAUUGAAGACAAGCGGGGAAAUGAAAAUCGAAGAAAAAGAGAAAGAUGAUACGGAGUGUCACGUGGAGCCUGAAGUAAAGCCCGAAAGAGUCGUAAAAGAAAUUGAAAAGUCAGUAGACAAAAUAAAAAGCAAAACAAAAUCAAAGGAUAGGGACACUUGUACGGCUUCAAAGAGCUCGCAUGACGAUUCAAAGAAGCAUGGAGAUAAAACAAUUGAAAAACCUGAGAGAUUGGGACACGCUCCUAUACCUCCUCAUAUCAGUGCCUUCAAAAUGAAAAAAGAAGACACGCGAAGUGUCGAUUUAAGUGCAAGAUACGCCAUCACUGUCUUAGAUCAAGUAGUCAAGAAGGAAAUUGCUGAGGUCAAGGAGUCCCUGGAAGCAGCUCAACAAGACCUCAUUGAAGAAUUAACGGAGAACAACGAGACAGUUUUUCAAAUAAAAGAUUCACCAUCAGAAUUUCAAUUUAAAUUACAACCAGAAUCAAUACCAAACGAUCUACCUUUUCUUUACAAAGCUCCAUCGGUCGAGCAAGUCAGUGACGCAGAACCAUCCACAGGAUCCCCAGUAGCAAAGCCACGAGUCCAAGUCGAGUCCAUAGAAACGAGGGAUACUCCAAAGGUAUCAGAGAUUAUUCAAGAACCUAGUAAAAUGGAACAAUUUGAAAAAACUGAAAAGAAAGAAGAAACUACCUUAACGACUGAAAUCGAUAAGUCUGAAAUUAAAACUGAAACUCAAAUUGCCGUCCAUACUAAAGUAGCAGAGCAACUUGAUGAAACGCAGCCUGUCCCUGUUCCAGCAAGUAGAUCAAGUUCAGACGUGGACAAUAAAGAUGAUAGCUUCUCCUUGAUACCGCCGCAACCAGCUCCAAGAAGAAGACACAAGCCAGCCAGAGCUUCAAAGAAAGUUACGUCGGAAAGCGAAGGUGAACUGGGUUCAAGUUCCGGUGAAAGUAGUAAUUACCAUUCCUGUGACUAUGAAAUUGGAAGUGGCAGCAGACCUAGUUCAUCAGACAUCGAUGCUCUUCAGUCCUGUAUACCUUCAGGUACUGUCUCCGAGUAUGAGACAGCUCUUAUGUCUAUUGAACACUCCUCAGGAUCACGACCAACAUCCCAGGAUUAUCAUACAGCUGUAAGUUCCUUAAGUUCUCGCGAAUCUAUUAAGUCGCUGAACUCCUUGAGUUCUGGUCAUCUUGGAAGUAUAGAUAGUACUAGUGAACUGUCUGAGACUCUUGUAGCAUCCGAAGCCGACAUCGAUAAAGAUGUAAUUGAUGAAAAUCUGGAGACUGCAUUGGAUGAUGAUCUAAUGACGAAUGUAGUCAGUGCAUCUAAAACUUCAGAUUCUCCAAUAGAUGAAUCACCAGUAAAUGAGCAUUGUAGCAAGGCACCCAGUGAGAUGCCUUGUAGAAUGAAGAGAUCCUCAGAGAUGAUAUUCCAACAAAUCCUUGAUGACAAUGGUGAACCUGCUCCUGUUGAAUCAGAAGAACAAUCAAUGACCCAAGAACAUAAGUUUAGUGAUUCCUCAACGUCCACAUUGGCUCAACCCCCCGGAGUACUUCAGUCAGUCGACAUAAUGACAUCACGGGUUAUCGAGGAUGGAGUACAAAGUGUGUGCACCCAAGUCAUCUCCAAGGAAGAAGCGACGGUAGUACAAGAAGAUGUUUCAGCCUCUGUCAUGACUAAACAAGAAGUUGUAAAGACAGAAGCAAUUUCAAUGGAUGCAGAUUCUCUGGAACCAAAGCUGAGUAGUAUCGGCGAUAGUAUUGAGGAUGCUGCUGAAGGAUUACAAUCAUCUAUGUUAUCAAUAAUCCAACAAGCGAGCAUGUCUACGUCAUCCACCUCAGGAAUGUCUAUGGAAACUGUAAUCGAGAAAGAAAAGUCAGACCGACAUUCGCCAGACAGUGAUUCUUUUGAGCUUGUCGAUAAACCUGACAUAAUUGAUGAUUUUGUCGUCAUUGAAGAGGUUGGAAAAGAAGCUGAAGAAUUUGACUCUGAAGGAAAGAGUAUACAGAUCAGUGCUCUCUCUUAUACUACGAGCAAGAAUUACGACCGUGAUCUUGAAAAUUUAAUAACAGAGAAUAAAGAUGACUCGCAAGUAUCUACUAGUCAAGCUUCCAGAAAUAACGAUCUAUUCGAUUUCGAAUCUGAGGAAAGCCCUCCGCAAGCUUCGAAUGAUGAUCAAUAUUCUCAGUCGUAUUCUGAUGAAGAACAGUACGAAGGCAAGAAGUGGAUUGAAAUGCAAUUCCAUAAUGAUCCUCGAGCUUAUGACAUUGAAUAUGAUCGUGGACCACUGGAGGACAUUAAGGAGGAGGAAAUAACCGAUUUUGAAGCUGGCAGCAGCAGAUUUGGAAGUCUAGGAAGUCACAAGGAAUCCAUUGGUAGUGUAGGAAGUAUGCGUGGCAGUUUAGGAAGUACACCGGAUUAUGAUGUCCUGGCUGGUCGGAAAUAUCUGGUGAAACCAUCCGAUCACGAUAAUAUUUCUUUGAGUUCACUGCAAGAAUUUGAACAUUUAGAAAGUGCAGUAGCACUUGAGAAUGCCAAGAAGUUGCAAUGCGGCUCUCAAGAUUCUAUCAACAAUGGGAGCUUACCUAGAAGGUAUGUUACUGGUAAAUCUGGACAUGGUGAUGAUAUUUCUUUGUCGUCACUCAAAGACUUUGAAGGAUUAGAAUACGCAUGUAAGGAAGCUCAUAAAGCUGAAUUGAAAGCACGAGAAGAGGAGGAUUUAUUGGAUCAUGAAAGUCCAGAAAAUAGAUACAAGCUGGAAAGCUUACUGCGAGCACGAGCUGAGAGUAGUGCACCUGGUUCUAUUAAUCCCAGCACAUCCGGUUCUGAUGACUACGAGAAGAGGAUAAAGGAAAUAGAUGAAAUAAUACGUAUCGCUCAAGCUAACGUAGAGAAGUUCGAUAGACAGGAUGAUACUACUGAAGAUAUUUCUCAGAUUGAGAUAACAGAUGUGGAAAAAAUUGGAUCAGCUGCUGCAACUGUUCCAUUGGAAAUUGAUAAUGCUCAAACUUCAAAAGAAGCAAAUAUUAUGGAAACUAGUACAGACUCUUUGGAAUUAGAAGAAAAUCCUGAGAAGAAGCAUCAUCCACUUUGCAGAAGUUCCGAUUCUCUAGAGAUGAAGACAACUCUGGACUAUCCGUCAUUGAGUUCAGACUCAUUGAAUAAUGUCCGAGAUGUAAAAGAAGCACAUUUUGAUGCUGCAGAUCAGUUUAACAAUAUGAGAAGAAUUUCCUCAGAUUCCUUAGAAAUGCCAUUCACUGAACAAGAAGAAUCCACCUCGCAAGAGAAAGUUGGUGAAAGCAAUAGUAAUAAUUCAAUAGCUACAGUCGACAAAACAAAAGAUCAGACAUCUUUGACAGGGACAAGUGUUGCAGAUAGUAGCAAGGCAAAAUCAUCUCCAGCUAGCAAUACAUAGGAGAUUCUAUAUUAGUUGGUACAUCUCCAAAGAUUACAUGUACACAUCAGGUACAGAUGAUAAAUGGUAGUGAAGCGUUGUGAUCUACUUACCUUGGCUACGUACAUAUAUUAUUACAUGAUACAAGAAGCUUUACAUGUAAAACAUGAUACGUUAAAACUGAUGUAACGUGGAAGUUGUGCAUUGCGGAAAUGUGACAUUUGAUUAUAUUUACUUUUAAUUUUCGCAGUGUCCUCUAAAAGCAUUUAUAUGAUAAUUAUGCUUAAAAAAUAUAUUGAAAGAACUUGAAAUUAUAAACCUGUUGUGCAAAUGAUGUAAUGAGGCAUGGGAAACUUGCCUGUUUUAACAUUAUACUACCUAUGCUAGUAUAUUUAUGAGAAUUAUCCAUGUAGUCUUCAUUUAACUCGUAAAUUUUUUGCUUAUACCUGUUUUCAACUUUUACAUGUUUUACGUUGCAUUUGUAAAUUUAUAUUUUAAACGCUAUUUAUAUAUUCGAAUUGUAUUAUAAUAGUGCUGUAUUAAAAUGGCAUGUUUUAUAAACAUUUCAAUCUUA